GUGUUUACCAUUGCAGUCUCGAAAUUCCAAAAUGGCGAGCGGCGGGAAGGUUGAUAUUUCUCAACUUCGAAACCUUAUCCGCCAAUACAUAGACAAGCACCAGUACAAAACCGCCUUAUUCUGGGCCGAUAAAGCCGUCUCCCUGUCUAACGGUGAUGUCCAAGAUGUCUACUGGUUUGCUCAAUCGCUUUUCCUUAGUGGCCAGUAUCAACGGGCAUCGCAUGCCCUGAAACGGCGGGGCUGCUUGGAAACUAGUCUGGCGUGCCGCUACUUGGCUGCUAAAUGCCAUGCCGAAUGUAAGCAGUGGCAGGAAGCUUUAGAUACCCUAGAUGCUAUGCCAAAAGAUCUUGAAGAUAAAGAUGUGUUUCCUAUGAGUGAAGGGGUGUCGGGAUCUACAAAACUUGAGGCUGCCAUUGCUCUGUUGAGGGGUAUUGUGUACGAAGCUAUGGACAAUCGAGGAAAUGCGACUGAGUGUUACAAAGAUGCCAUUAGAACCGACGUUCAUUGCUUUGAAGCGUUUGAUCUCCUGAUUUCCCACCACAUGCUUACUAACAAGGAAGAACAUGAUCUUCUAGAAUCACUACCUUUUUCUGAGCAGUGCACCCCUGAAGAAGUUGACCUACUGAAGUUUUUGUACGAAAGUAGAAUCAAGAAUUAUUCAAAACCUGUGGAUCCCAAGCUAACACCGAACCUAGAUUGCUUGAAUGACAACCUUGAUGUAGUGGUUAACAUGGCAGAGAGGCACUUUUAUAACUGUAGUUACCUUCAGUGUUUCAAACUGACAAGAGCAGUGUUAAAUCUGGACCCAUUUCAUGAAGCAUGUUUGCCAACCCAUAUAUCAUGCCUGGUUGAGCUCAAGAAAUCUAAUGAUUUAUUUUACUUGGCUCAUAAAUUAGUUGAUAAUUAUCCUCAGAAAGCUGUGGCAUGGUAUGCAGUGGGUUGCUAUUAUUACUUGAUAGAGAAAUAUGAACAGGCAAGAAGGUACUUCAGUAAAGCGACAGGGAUAGAAAGAGUUUAUGGGCCAGCCUGGCUUGGGUUUGGACAUUCAUUUGCAGUGGAAGGGGAGCAUGAUCAAGCAAUGGCAGCUUACUUUACAGCCUCCAAGCUGAUGCCCAAGUGCCAUUUGCCCCUGCUCUACAUUGGUCUAGAGUAUGGAAAAACCAAUAAUGCCAAGCUUGCCGAAAGGUUUUUCAAGGAAGCAUUAGCCCUUUCCCCUAAUGACCCAUUUGUGCACCAAGAACUGGGCGUCAUCAAAUACCAAAACGGAGACUACUUGCAAGCGGAGAAGCACUUCAAAGAAUCCUUACAAAAAGCCCAGAAAGUUAGUGGAGAAGUUCUUUCACAAACCUGGGAGUCACUAAUGACCAACCUUGGACACACUUUUCGCAAACAAGGCAAAUAUGAAGAAGCCUUGUCCUGCUACCAGCAAGCCCUAGUCCUCAUUCCCAGCAAAGCAUCUACAUACUCAGCAAUUGGAUUUGUGUAUAGUUUGCAGGGGAAACACCUUGAGGCUGUUGAUUACUUCCACAAAGCCUUGGGAAUCCAACGAGAUGACACCUUUAGCAUCCAUAUGCUUAGCACUACACUGGAACAACUAACUUUUGAUAGCCAACCUGAAAUUCCCGUGGUUGAUGUCAGUGCUAGUGAAAUAAGCAUGGAAAUGGACAAAGGUUCUGAGGAGGAGGAUGACUGAUGAUAAUUACAUCAAGAGAAUCCAAAUCGAGCCAUACAGCAUGACCUGAACAACCACAGUAACAAAUUUCAAAGCAUUCUGUUAUUUUAUUUAUUUUACAUAAUUUGUACAAUUGUAGUCUAGCUUAGAAAGAUGGUCAAUAAUGGACACUGCUUUAUUUUUACAAUCCGUUUUUUUGUGUAUAUGGUAAAGUUGUCUUAAGUAGGUAAAAAUAAAGAUAUAUAUCAAAAAUAUCUAACAUAGAUUAUACAUUGAGAUGUGUUUCUUACUAUUCAAACUGUGUUUUUUCUGAUAUUGCACAAAAUGUAUAGCAGUUCCCUUCUAAGCAAGUGUACAGUAAAUUAAUAAAAAAUACAUCCAAUA